AUGGAUCCAGCCAAAUUGAAAGUGGUAGAAUUACGAGCUGAGCUUGCAAAACGAGGUCUAGACCAAAAGGGUGUUAAGGCAGUUCUUGUAGCAAGACUUCAAGAAGCAUUAGAAUCGGAAGAAAAAGGAGAAGAAGACGAGGACGAAGAAGAAUAUAAAGAUGUGGAAGAAAAUGCUCCUUUAAAAAAUGAUCCUGGAGGUUUAGAUCUAACAACUACUGAAGAUGUUCAAAGUUCAGAGCUUGAAGCAACUAACCUAGAAGAUGAUUCAGUUAAUUUUUCUUCUCAGUCUGAUAAUCCUGAAACAAAAAUUGAAGAACCUAUUAUUAGCGAGUUUAGUGCAGAUGAAAGUUCAAAUAUAAAUGCACCUACAAAUGAUGCAGUAGUAGAUGCAUUAGUUCAAAGUGUAGAUUGUAGUGACUCUAAGUCAAUAAAUGAAGUUUCUGGUGCUAAUUUAAUUUCAACUGAUACACAGCAAUCAGAACAAUCAACAACCAUUGUAGAUGUUACAAAUGAGCCAGAUAUUCCUAAAAAUGAUGAUGAAUCAAAAGAAAAUUUUCAAAUUUACGAAGAAGAUUCUUCAAAAAGUUUUUCUCAUGAAGAUAGUUCUUCAAAAAAAAACUUUGAGGACCAAUUUAUAGAUACCUCAACUCAGCAAGAUACAAGAGAUGAAUCUGAGCAAUCUUUUCAAAUGCAUGAUAGCUCACUUCACUUGGAUGACAGUAAUGCUCAAGAUGCUAAUAUGCCAGACAAUGUAACAGAAACAGAAGAUACCAAGCCUUGCCCUGAAAUAAUAGAAUGUGAUAACAAGGAAAAUGAAGAUUUAAAAAUGGAAGUGGAUGAUACCAAGCCCCCUACAUCAGAAUUAAAAACAAUUAAAGAACCUGAAACCGAAGAAAUCCGAACCGAGGAAGUUGAAAAUGCAGAGAUGAAAACGGAAGAAGAAGAAGAAGAAGAAGAAAGAUCUCCUAAAUCAAAUGAUAAAAAAGUUGACGAGAAAGAUAGAAAAAAUCGUUGGAGCGAUUCAAAAUCAAACGAAGCCAAAAAAAGGCCUAGAUCUCCCAGUGAAAAAAGAAAAUCUAGUCCUCCCGUUAGAAAACCGGAUGAUGAACCUGAAUAUGAUGAAAAAUCCGUACUGCUUAUCGAUUCAGAUUUGCACAUGCUCAUAAGUAAGGAAAACUUUUUUUCUGCUACUUUACUUAGCGACAACGGUUUUGGCUUUGUAUGGGCAGGUGUUCGUGCCACUUACGGUUUUGAAAAAGGAAAAAUUUAUUAUGAAGUUCGGAUUACAAAGAAUAUAAAAGUUCCGUAUUUGGAAAAUGAAAUGCAUCCAAACAUUCUUAGAGUAGGAUGGUCAGUUCAAAAAACAUCUUUACAAUUGGGUGAGGAACCUUUAUCUUACGGUUUUGGCGGUACUGGUAAAAUCUCGACUAAUUGCCAAUUUCAAAAUUACGGAAAGUCCUUUAUAGUAAAUGAUGUAGUUGGUUGUUACUUGAAUAUGGAUUCAAAUCCAAUUGAAAUUUCUUACACUCUUAAUGGAGAAUAUCAAGGUGUAGCCUACAAUGUAGAUCGUGAAGAAUUGAAAGGGCAACCCUUGUUUCCUCAUAUUUUGACAAAAAAUUGCUGCUUUGAAGUAAACUUUGGGAAUCGCGAAUCAUGGGCCCAACCCUUGCCUGGAUUUACAAAUAUUGGCGAAGUUCCACUUGAAGAUAGAAUACCAGGUCCAAAACGUCCGGAAAGAAAAGAAGAUUGUGAAGUUAUAAUGAUGUGCGGUUUGCCGGGUUCAGGGAAAACUACAUGGGCUAUGAAAUAUGCCGAAGAGCACAAAGACAAGAUGUACAAUAUUUUGGGUACAAACGCAUUGAUUGAUAAAAUGAAGGUAAUGGGAGUGCCCCGAAAAAGAAAUUAUUCCGGUCGAUGGGAAGUACUGAUCGAAAAAUGUACUAAAUGCCUAAACACGUUACUUGAAAUGGGAGGCUACAGAAGACGGAAUUACAUAAUUGAUCAAACAAAUGUAUAUCCGGCUGCACAAAGGCGCAAAAUGCGCGGGUUUGAAGGCUUCGUGCGACGAGCUGUCGUCAUUGUCCCAACAGAUGAGGAACUCAAAUCUAGGAUUGCAAAACGCGAAGCGGAAGAGGGGAAAGACGUACCUGAUAGCGCUAUUUUGGAAAUGAAAGCAAAUUUUGCUUUGCCAGAAAAGGGAGAAAUAUUUAAUGAAGUCGUGUAUACUGAACUUCAAGAAGCGGAAGCUCGCGCAUUAGUAGCGCAAUAUAACAAGGAAGGCAAUGAACAUGGGUUUUUCAGUAACAAUCAACAACAGAAAAGGUUCCGAGCGGAGGAUACUCGUAACGAUAGAAGGGAUUUUACUAACCACGGAAGAUCAGACAGUGGAGAACAAAGGCGAAUGGAUAACAGAGGACGUCAAGAUAAUAGAGGAGGACAUGAUGGAUGGAGAGACAGGGGAUUCAAUAAUAGGCGAAGAGGUGAUAAUCGAGGAGGAUGGGGAGGACCCCCGAGGCAGGGUGGUGGAUGGCGAGAUAAUAGAGGGGGUGGUGGUGGCGGCGGCGGCGGCGGAGGCGGUGGUGGUUGGCGAGGAGGUCCUCCUAACCGUUACAAUGAUCGGGGAGGUCAUGGCUCCCGUGAUAUGAGAGAUCGCAAUCGCGAUUACAGAGAUAGAAGAGACAAUCUCGGCGGUAAUAAAAUGCAAGAUCGUCGGGGAGAUCGAGACGAUAAAAAUCGCCAAAAACCAAUGCAGGGGCAAAUGGCGAAUUGGAGCAGUCAAUCCCAAGGUUAUAAUCAAGGCUGGGGCCAAAACUAUGGAAAUCAAGCUUGGAGUAAUUGGAAUCAAGGAUAUAAUCAACAACAAUGGAAAAAUUAUGGUCAACCGCCGCAACAGGCUUGGAGCCAACAAGGAUGGGGUAAUCAAGGCUGGGGAAAUACCGGUUGGAACCAACAGUACUAUAAUCAAUAUCAGCAAAAUUGGUCGCAACAACAACAAACCCAGGGCGUUUCUGCCAAUACGGAUUCUUCUCAAGGAUCUGGAUCUGACAAUUCAGCGAUGGCUGCGGCUUAUGCCAGCUACGGUCAAACAACUACAACACAGGUUGUUUUAAAACUUAAAAUGAUGUUAAAGGCUGGUUCUUGGCCGGGAUAUACCACUGUUGGCAGUUCGGGUUACGCUAGUGUCGGCUCUUCUGGUGGUUCUGGCAUUGGUGGAAGCGGAUCAGGAGGAAACUCAGCUGGAUCUGGAGUUGCAUCUUACAGUACAAUGCAAAAACAGUAUCGUCAAGAUCCUAGAAAAUCUUCAUGA